AUGGCGAGCCUGCGUAUGGAUGGCAACAUGCGGCCCUGGGACCCAGGAGCUGUGGCUUCGCCAUUGUACAGCCGGCUGCCUACAAAUGGGAACGACUCCGGACCAGAUGUCGAGAAGCGAAGCCCGCCUCGAUCGCCGGCAAAGUCGGCGAGGUCCAACCGGGAGCGGAGGAAAAUGCUCGUCACCAACGACGAAAGCAUUGUUCGGUCCGAGUUUGUGACCCAGGCAGCCGAGCUUUUCCCAACUUGUGGAAGCUCUCUGAAGGAGACUUUCACGGGCCUGGGAAUUGUUGCGUCGAUUUACACCGAGAUGCCGCCGCGACACCUGAUGCACUUCCUCUUUGUCUUCUUCUCCUACCUCCUCGUGGUUUUGACCGGAGCUGUUCAAAUGCAGCUGGUGGACACCUCCUUUUUCCGGGCCGUCGGUCUUCUCCUGGCCGUCCUGCUGUCGCUGCGCGCGAAGAAUGCGGUGUCAAGGCGGCAGAAGCUCAUGGCAGGUGUGCUUGACAUGAUGAACAGUGCAAAGAAUCUCCUCUACUUACUCCACUUCGAGCCCAAGAAUCAACUCCGGCUGCGACGGAUGCUGGAAUUCUGCUUUAUGGAGGUGGCGGCUUGGGCCGCGCCGAGUGCAGAUGGCGACACUGUGAGCUUGGACAUCCUUCCAGAUGAAUACCGGGAGGCUGCCUUUGUACUCCGGGCUAAGCAGUCGGCGCACAUCUCUCCUCGGCCCCUCUUGCUCUACCUCAGGGAGAUGUGCGACCAGCUCUUUGAUCCUGACCUUGCGACCUCCUUCGCUGGGUCUGAGAAGAUGGACAAGGUGUCCAUCAUUCGGCGCUUCCACCGCAACAUGGAGGAUGAGCUUCACAUGCUGUUCUCGAAGUUUGACUUCCUGCUCAUGUUCCGCGAGAACUUCGUGACAUCGCAGUUCCGCUGGAUGCUGGAAACGGUAAUCUUUGUCUAUGUCGUGCUGUACCCGUGGUGCGUCUGCAACGAGUCCAACGUGGUCUUGGGCGCAACGACGGUUGGUAUGGCCUGCGUCUUCUACGGCCUCAACGCUCUCACAGAGCAGCUCGAGGACCCGGUCCACCACCAGGCACAGGGCUUCGAUCUCUGGACCACCUUUGUGAACCUCUUCGAGGAGCUGGACCGUGAUGAUGCAGUGCGAGACUGUUGCCGCAAGUUUCUCGAGAAGCACAAGGACCUGCCGGCACAGAAUUCUCAAAAGUAUGUUGGAGUUGCAGUUGGGNNGGACGAACACGCCAGUUUGAAGUUCUCUUCACUUGUCUGGAGUCACGUGUCUGCAUAG